CUGUCCUCUUGGGAGAGUCUGCACCCCCCUUUCUGUGUCUCAAUAUGACAGUCAGAUCAUCAGCACUAAAGUUUUUAAGAUUGGUGGCACGAGCCUAGCUGGGUCAUGACUUGCAGUGGGAUGGCUUUCUUCCCAGCCAAUUUCAUGCUACAGACUCCCCGCGAAGAUGAUCAUCAGCCUCCUACCUCUCUCAAUCCAAUUCUACCCUCAUGCGCACCUCAAGAUUUCCAUGGUGUUGCAUCGCUUCUAGGAAAGAGAUCCAUGUCGUUUUCAGGUAUUGACGUGUGUGAAGAAACAAAUGGGGAGGAUGAUUUGUCUGAUGAUGGCUCACAGGCGGGAGAAAAGAAGAGGAGGCUGAACAUGGAGCAGGUGAAAACACUUGAGAAGAAUUUUGAGUUGGGUAACAAGCUUGAGCCCGAGAGGAAAAUGCAGCUGGCUAGAGCCCUUGGUCUGCAACCAAGACAGAUUGCUAUAUGGUUCCAAAACAGGAGGGCCAGGUGGAAGACCAAGCAAUUGGAGAAAGACUAUGAUCUCCUUAAGAGACAGUUCGAAGCAGUUAAAGCAGAAAAUGAUGCACUCCAAGCUCAGAACCAGAAACUUCAUGGGUGA